AUGGCCAAGCAGGCCGAUCAGUUGGCCACCAUGGUGUCUAGUGAUCUGGAUCAACUACGACAAGCUCUCACCAGGUUUCUAGAAAUCUCGCCGGACUUUCGCAAAGCAUCGUUGUCAAUCGGCAUGGAGCCACAAGAGCAGUGCGUUGCGUGCAGAGCUCUACCCCGAAAGUUUGUCAGUGACGGAGCAACAGGUGCAGACGGAAGUAUUUACAAGAUCGGCGCGGACACCGUGAUGUCUGCCACCGAACAAACCCAGAAAGUAUUGGCGGACAAGCUUCGAUUCCCACUUCGCCUUUCCAGCAGUCUGUUCGUGCCUGCCGAUGAUGCGAUGCAGAGCCUUUUCGAUUCGGGAAUUUGGCGAUGCCGCUUUCACGCCCCUGCAGUCUCUCGCACCAUGCUGGGGCUGAUCGUUUUCGGGCUCGCGGUGGUCUUAGUCGACAGCAGCUCCGAGUACAUCCCGCCACAGGUUUACCGAGCUGGUGACUACAGGCACUCGUUUGAGCUCCGCUUCGACAAUUCGGUCUGGGCCCGGGGGAGAAACGAUUUCGGCCAGCUCGGCGACGGAAGCGUUGCGCACCGCGAGACGCCCGUGGAGGUGUUCAUCAAUGCGCUGCAAGCUUCCGCGGGCGAAUGGCACAGCCUAUUCCUCCGCAACGACGGCGUGGUUUUCGCCUGUGGCAGGAACGAUUUCGGACAACUCGGGGAGGGCACCAGGGUCACGAGAAGGUUUCCCAUGCUGAUCGCAAAGAACAUCAUUGCCGUCAGUGGUGGUGGCUACCACAGCCUGCUGCUGCGAAACGAUGGCGUUGCGCAGGCAAUGGGACACAACCGAUACGGGCAGCUCGGAGAUGGCUCCUAUGUUUCCAAGGUCAAGCCUGUCUCGGUCUUACCCAACGUUUCUGCGAUUGCAGCUGCCGGUCAUCACAGCGUGUUCCUGCGCACAGACGGCAGCGCGUGGACAGUAGGACGGAACCACUAUGGACAGCUUGGGGAUAGGACUACGGUCGACAAGACCACGCCGAUUCAGGUGCUUGAUGGUGUGACGAGUAUCCUUGCGAGGGAUGCCUACAGUCUGUUCCUGCUGAGCAACGGGAGCCUAGUGGCAGCGGGAGACUUUGACUCAGGACUGCCAAGAAGUCAGACCGAUUGGGACACCAUCCAAAUCUUCUCCGAGGAUGAGGUGCAAAAGAUCUCGCUGGAUGGAUGCACGGGUCCAACAGCAACAUCUGACGCAACACCGGUCUCGGCUAUACAGCCAUUGCCUCUUCUACGUCAGAUGGUGGUUGCUGAAUCUGGCUGGUUGACCGCCAAGGCAUCGGCACAAGAGCCUGAGCGAGCUUUGCAGCGCAAGCUUGUUCAAAGCCAGGAAAUGCCAGUUCAAGUGGCCACACCUCGGUCCAAGCGGCGGCCGCCAAGUGCACAGGAGGAGCUGCGUGAUCGGCCGCAAAGUGUUCGUUCGUACUUUCCCGCCGUGGAUGUACGAGGCUCUAUUCCAAGCGGCCGAAGAAGCCGCUGA